CGUAGUCCAGACUGAGUCGCCCAAAUCCUCACCCACAUUCAUUUGCACCAGAACCCCCGCGAAUCAUACCACGUCAUGACAUCUGGCCUGGACUAAUAGAUUGCCGGCGAAGAACGAUACAUCCAUACAACAAAAUCCCGGAAACCAGAAGCCAAGCCGAGAAACGAACCUUGUCCACCAGAACAUCAUUACGCAGGAAACGGCCUCGCAUAUAGAUAGUCCUUGGAAUUCAAUCGCCCACCUCCCCACGAAGGCAGACGAGAAACCCCCUCCCUCCCGAUGGUGCGAUCCUUUGAAACCCUCAGCCGCUGAGUCAAAGCCGUAUUGGACUCGAAGUGUGUAUAUUGGGAUAGUGGGGAAAGGGGGCUCGCACAAAAUCUCCCUUGAACAAACGCAAAAAUGGCCGGAGGAAACAUCAAGGUGGUAGUGAGAUGUCGGCCGUUCAAUGGCAGAGGUAUGUGGUGUUCUUGCGAUCGGGGCAAUUCCGAAGACACCGGCGAGAAGAAUGUAUAGUCUGAGGCCAGGGCUGACAUAUGUGGGCAGAAAUUGAUCGCGGAGCAAAAUGUAUUGUGCAAAUGAAGGGCAACCAGACCGUACUGGUUUCACCACAUGAAGCCGAUCCAAAAGCUGGCGCGAAAGCAAACAAGGACGCAGGGCCGAAAACCUUUGCCUUUGACAAAUCCUACUGGUCAUUCAACCGCGCCGACGAGAAUUAUGCGGGGCAGGAGAAUCUUCAUGAAGAUCUGGGGAAACCGCUGUUGGACAAUGCUUUUCAAGGAUAUAACAAUUGUAUUUUUGCCUACGGACAAACAGGUUCUGGAAAAUCGUACUCGAUGAUGGGAUAUGGCCCCGAUGCCGGUGUUAUUCCCAAAAUUUGCCAGGACAUGUUUGAAAGGAUUGGGAACUUGCAAAAGGAGAACAGUUGGCGGUGCACAGUAGAAGUCUCAUACUUGGAAAUCUACAAUGAGAGGGUGCGAGAUUUACUGAAUCCUUCGACGAAAGGGAACCUCAAAGUCAGAGAACAUCCAUCUACGGGACCAUACGUGGAAGAUUUAGCAAAGUUGGUUGUUAGCAGUUUCAAUGAGAUUGAGCACUUGAUGGACGAGGGAAAUAAGGCCCGUACCGUCGCUGCGACAAGCAUGAACGAAACGAGUAGUCGAAGUCACGCCGUUUUUACCCUUACCCUGACACAAAAGAAACAUGAUAAAGAGACGAAUCUUGCCAUGGAAAAGGUUGCAAAAAUUAGUUUGGUAGAUCUUGCUGGGUCCGAGCGAGCAAAUUCAACUGGUGCAACAGGAGCUCGGCUGAAGGAGGGAGCUGAGAUUAACAGAUCUUUGUCAACACUCGGUCGAGUUAUUGCAGCAUUAGCUGAUUUGUCAGAUGGAAAGAAGAAGAAGGGUGGAAAAGCCGCAAAUCAAGUGCCAUACCGAGACAGUGUGUUGACUUGGCUGUUAAAGGACUCCUUGGGAGGAAAUAGUAUGACAGCAAUGAUUGCUGCCAUUAGUCCGGCAGACAUCAAUUUCGAUGAAACUUUAAGUACACUCAGAUACGCCGACAGCGCCAAGAGAAUCAAGAAUCACGCCGUUGUCAACGAGGAUGCUAAUGCUAGAAUGAUUCGCGAGUUGAAAGAAGAACUGGAGGCUCUCCGGGGAAAACUGAGUGGUGGUGGUGGUGGAGGUCCCGCGGAAGAGGUGUAUGCCGAGGGCACACCAUUGGAAAAACAGAUCGUCAGUAUCGUGGCACCAGAUGGAACCGUGACGAAAGUUUCCAAAGCCGAAAUUGCUGAGCAACUCAAUCAGAGUGAGAAGCUGUACUCGGAUCUCAAUCAAACGUGGGAACAAAAGUUGCAAAAAACCGAGGAAAUCCACAAAGAACGAGAACAAGCCUUGGAAGAUUUGGGUAUCAGUAUCGAAAAGGGCUUCGUAGGGUUACACACCCCGAAGAAAAUGCCCCAUUUGGUCAACCUUUCAGAUGAUCCUCUCUUGGCAGAAUGUUUGGUAUAUAAUUUGAAGCCUGGUCCCACCACGGUUGGAAAUGUGGAUGCAAAAGUUGAGAACUCCGCGGAAAUCCGACUAAAUGGCAGUCGAAUAUUGGAAGAGCACUGUACUUUCGAAAAUACCGACAACGUCGUAACGCUGGUACCAAGAGAAGGUGCUGCGGUCAUGGUGAAUGGAAAACGCAUCGUGGAACCUCGACGUUUACGAAGCGGUUACCGUGUUAUUUUGGGAGACUUCCACAUUUUUAGGUUCAAUCAUCCCAUGGAAGCUCGAGCUGAGAGGGCCGAAAGUUCAUUGCGACACUCCAUCAUCGCAAGUCAAAUACAGGACUACGACAAAGUUUCACCCUCGCCUAGUCCCAGGCCCGGACAUGAUAGGAGUUUUAGCAAAGCUAUAUCUGAAGCUGACUGGGAGGGGAGUCGCCCAGAGUCUGCAAUGUCGUUGCAACGUGGUCGAGAUUCAGAUUGGUCGUUUGCUCGUCGUGAAGCAGCAGGGGCGAUUCUAGGGGCCGAUCAAAAGAUUGCAGGUCUAACAGACGAGGAGUUAAACAUCUUGUUUGAGGACGUGCAGAAAGCUCGAGCUGAGAGAGCCAACCGAGAAAUUGAGGACGAUAUGGACUCCGUUACUUCAUAUCCCAUAAGAGAGAAAUAUUUGUCUAAUGGGACUUUGGAUAACUUCUCCCUGGAUACCGCCUUGACUGUUCCGUCAACUCCCAAACAAGGCGAAGUGGAGGAUAGAAUGCGAGAGGUCAGAGAAGAAAUGCAAGUACAACUUGAUAAACAAAAAGAAGAAUAUCAAGAACAGCUGAAAACUGCCGAGGAUGCCAACGUCGAGGUGGAGGAAAUUAAAAAGGAAAAGGCUCGCAUGGAAGACAAUCUACGCGAAGUCAAGAAAGAUAUGCUCGUCCAACUUGAGGCGCAACGUAAACAAUUUGAGGAACGCCUGCUAUCACUGCCGCCAUCAAAAGUCCUGGCUGAGGGCCCUGAGCCACUGAACGAGGAGGAAAUAGCGAUUGCCAAAAAGGUUGCUGAGCAUUGGCGUGGUCAAAGAUAUGUUCGUAUGGCUGAGGCAGUUUUACAAUCUGCCGCCAACCUCAAAGAGGCCCAAAUAAUGAGUCAAGAGAUGGAUGAGAGCGUGGUCUUUCAAUUUGCUAUUGUGGACGUUGGGCAUGAUUUAUGCUCAUCAUAUGAUAUGGUUCUCAAUGGAAUAUCAGGUGAGGGGGAUGACCUCUUCUUAGAAGGUGCCAACAAGCCUUGUGUUGGGGUUCGUGUCAUCGAUUAUAGGAGCAGUGUGGUUCAUCUAUGGAGUCUUCAGAAACUUCAGGACCGCGUGAGAUUGAUGAGGCAAAUGCAUCAAUACAUGGACCGCCCUGAAUACAUGCAACACUUUCGACUGGACAACCCUUUUAUGGAAACUUGUAUGCCACAGUAUACACACAUUGGGGACGUGGAUGUACCCCUCGCUGCUGUAUUUGAAAGUAGGGUACAAGACUUUACGCUUGACGUUCUUUCGCCCUACACUUCGCACGCAAUCGGCAUGAUCAAGUUAUCUUUGGAGCCUUCAUCCGCCAGGGCGCCAUCAAGUACCUUGAAGUUCAAUGUUGUGAUGCAUGAUAUGAUUGGAUUUGCUGAACGGGAAGGCACUGAAGUCCAUGCACAACUAUUCCUACCUGGGAUAUCUGAGGAGGGAGGCGUUACGACAACGCAAAUGAUUAAAGACUUCGACGAAGGUCCGAUCCGAUUCGAAAGUGUGCACAGCAUGAGUGUUCCAAUGUUUGGCCCUUCAGAUGUAUCGCUGCGCGUCGCAAUAUUUGCAAAAGUUUUGUCAAUGCAUCUUGACAAGUUGCUCAGCUGGGACGAUAUGCAAGAUCAUGCACCCAGAGCUAGCAAGAAAAGAAGAAAUGCUCGUAUUGCUGAGUCGCAAUUCUAUACCGAGGAAAAGCAUGAUGUUUUUGCAAGGGUACAAAUCCUUGAAUUAGCCGAGAGUGGUGAAUACCUUCCCGUGGAGGUCAUCCAAACCAGUGAUUUGGAUAAAGGAUCUUUUCAGCUUCAUCAGGGUUUACAGCGCCGGAUAUUGGUAAAUUUAACGCACAGCUCUGGAGAAGCUUUGCCCUGGAAGGAAAUUUUGAACCUUCGUGUUGGUCGUAUACAACUUGUCGAUCAUGUUGGCAAGACUCCAGACCUGAGUACCCCUAGCCCAGAUGUUCUUCUCAACCUUACCUCCAAACCACAAAUCAAAGUAAAUCCAAAUGGUACGACCAACGUCACUCUGGUGGGCCAGUGGGACUCGAGCGCCCACGCAUCAUUGCUCCUUGACCGGGUGACACCGGACAAGUACAAGACUCAGAUGUCCUUGCUAUGGGACGUUACCUCGGAGAAAUUGGCAGCACCGAUGACCUUCUCACUUGACGUAUGUUCGCAGGUUCUUUCUCGCUCAUAUGUACGUUCCACUUCAAUGUUCGCAUCGUUAUGGCAAACUGUUCGCAUUGUUCAUUCUACCAGUGGGAUCUUCUCAAUAUCAGUGCGGCCAUCACCCGUCAAGCGCGCUGGAGAUCUCUGGCGCAUGAAUACUCAGAAUGAUUAUGUCAAAGGGGAAGAGGGUCUCAUCAACUGGGCACCUCGAGGUGUAUCCCUGAUUCGGGAUCACAUAGCUGCGAGACGGAGAAAACACAGACUGGCAGAUCUCGAAGCGGCGAAGCCAAUUCUCAAUAGAAUCACAUUCCCGGAACCUGCUCCAGUAGAUACAGUGGAAUCUCCCAACGACGAGAAACAACCAGAGGUGGAACUGACGGAACGCCAACGAGAGCUUCUCAACAAGUAUCUUGGUCUUUGGCAUUUAUGUCGCGACCCAUCAACACGUAUUCUCCGACCAUCUAACGUCGAGCCACCGUCCAACGGUGUCGCGACCCCUCCUCCCGUUCAACCUUCCUCGCCAAAUCUCCUAGCCAAUAUCUCACUCGUACAUAAAAACUCCGAAAUCCUCAAAGGCGGAUACCUCCUCACCCCAUCACUCGAUAGUACCAAGUGGGUGAAGCGAUUCGUCGAAUUACGGCGGCCAUAUCUACAUAUCCACUCGAUUCCUGAUGGGGAAGAAGUUUCUGUCGUCCCUCUACGAAAUAGUCGCGUUGAUCAUCAACCUCAGAUUGCGAAACUAUUACGCAGAGAUAACUAUGCCAAUGGGAAUGGGAUUGCGGGGAGAGGCAGAACUGUAGAGAGAGACGAGGAAAAGGUUUUCGCUGUUUACGGGACGGACAAUUCGUGGUUGUUCAAGGCGAGAAGCGAGAGGGAGAAGGUUGAGUGGAUUUUCAAGAUCGAUCAGAGCUAUUUUAGUAAUCGGGCGAGUUCUGCGGGGGGUAGUGGCAGAGGAGGUGAGAGCGGGAGUGAUGAAUGAGUGAAUGAAUUGCGUAUGGGAUGUGCAUUAGGGAACGUUAAUAUUCUUGCUUGCUUGCUCAUUCAUUCUGCGAGCAUUGCUGGUGUUUCUUUUCUUUCCUUUUUUUUUUAUUUGGUUGGAUAUCUCUUUGGGAGACAUGGGCUGCGGAGCUGAGGCACGGAAAAGAGAGUCUUAUCUGGGAGGAGAAAUAGAAGGGGAAAAGAGAGGGGAGCGAGAGAGAUCUUGUAUGAGUAUAUGAUACCCAUGUUCUUUUACCACCCCUUUUUAGGGCAUUACUUAUUUGGAAGAAGCCAGUAUGGAAUUCCUCCUUGGUACUAGUAUUUCAUUUGUUUAGAGAGCAGUUGGUCAUGGCGAUAGUGCGGUUGGCUAGAGCUUACAGUAGUGCUACAUAGACUAGUGCAGGAAAAGGAGUGGAGGG